AUGCUACAUAUUGAUCAGUUAACAUUACUUCAUCAUCAAUGGAACGAUUUCACUCAUCGUUUAAAACAAUUAAUUCAUUCAUUAUCGCAAUACGAAAGAGUUCAUUUCGAUUACGUUCAUUCUUCACUAUCUGAUACGAAACAAAAUCUUGAUGAAAGUCAAGAGCAAUUUACUCGAAAAGAAACUUUUCCAUUUGAGUUAUUAACAAUUGAAAAAAUAAAAUAUGUACAAAUACAUAAAUCUAUUGAAGAUAUUCAAUUGAACGUUAAAACCAAUGAGAAUAUUAUUGAAAAAGCGAAUAAACGACUUGAUGCUGUUCGUCAGGAUACGAAUGAUGUGCGAUCGUUUUUAAAAUCUAUAAAUGAGUGGAAGAAACUAACAAUACAAAAUAUAUAA